AUGCUCCGGAACUUUCUACUUCGAGUCCGUUCAUUUUCCACACCAAGGGCCUUUGUCACCUCCAGAAUGACCCAAACGGAAAAACCCAUCAUCUUUGCACCCCCUACGUACCAGUACACCAAGGGCCACCUCAACGAAAACGAAAUAGACACAAACCCCAUAGAGCAGUUCCACAAGUGGUUUGAUGAAGCCAAAGCCGGUGUGCCACAGGGACUGUCGAUACUUCCCGAGAGCGUCACGUUCUCAACUGCCAGGCUUCCACUGGGCCGGGUGUCCCUGCGUGUUGUGUUGUUGAAAGAGUUGGAUACCCAUGGAUUCAUUGUCUACUCCAACUGGGAGACCUCCAAGAAGCUGCAGGACUACGAGCUGAACAAGUGGGCCGCUCUUACGUUUUUCUGGCCCUACCUCCAGAGGCAGGUCCGUGUGGAGGGCAAAAUGGAGAAGGUGGAUCGGGAUAUUUCACAGAGGUACUACGAUACCAGACCCAGAGGAUCCAAGAUCGGAGCCUGGGCGUCGCCUCAAUCGCAGACUAUCAAGGACAGAGACGAGUUGGACACUUACUACCACAAGUACGAGGAGCAGUUCAAGGACACGGAGGAUAACGGGAUCGAGUGUCCUGGUUUCUGGGGUGGUAUGCGGAUAGUGCCGUAUGAGAUUGAGUUCUGGCAGGGCGGCGUUUCCCGGUUGCACGAUAGGCUCGUUUAUGAGCGGGACGAUGCCGAGAAGGAGUGGACCGUGAAGCGUGUUGCUCCAUGA